AUGGCUACCGUACCUUCAAUAAAAGACAACUUCAGUACCUCCGAACUAUUAGUAGCUACUAAUACCGAGCCAUGUCCAAAAAGAAUCGUUGGAUAUUUCACUGAAUGGGAGAAAUCAGAACUUCGAAAAGAGCAACUCCAGAAGCUGACCGAUGUGAUUUAUCUCUUCGUGCCACUUCAAGAAAACGGAACAAUUGAUUCGGAAAAGGAAUGGAGCGAUAGCAGAUUUGGGGAUCUGAAAAACAAGGCACUCUCUCUGAAACCUGCUCUAAAAGUGAUGAUUGGUGUAGGGGGGAAUGGUGUGCGUUUUGAAUUCCGUCAAAUUGUGUCGGAUGAUACGGAAAGAAAAGCGCUCGUAGACUCCAUCACCUCGUUCAUAGUGGAACAUGACUUGGACGGCGUUGACGUCUUCUGGAAAUGGCCCUUCAAACAUACUCGCAUAUCCUACGUCAUAUUCCUACGAGAACUACGAACGCCGCUGGACACACUCAGGUACAAAAUGUACAGACAGGUCCCUUACAUAAUCAGUAUUAUCGCUCCUCGAAUUCAUUCUGAAUUUGACGGAUUCGACUUGGAGGAGAUAAUGCAGAUUGUGGAUUUUGUCAACGUUCUAACCUAUGACUAUUUCUACACCACACACAAAGUGGGUCCACUUUCUCUGUUUUAUGGAGGGCGAGAAGGAAAUGUGGAUCGAACAAUGAAAUAUCUUACUUGUAUGACUGAAAAUCCCAGUAAGCUCAAUCUGGGUGUUGCAUUUUAUGGAACCACGUACAACGUUACUGAUUCACUAUUUGAAAAAAGUUUUGAUAAUUUGUGGAUCUCGAAGGAUUCCAAAACUACCGGACCAUUUGGAACCAGUUGGAGUGAAAUUAGCUCAAAUGAGAAAGCAUUGGCAAAAUGGGAUAAUGCGUCCAGAACUCCGUAUACUUGGGAUGGUCGGAAGUUUUUCACAUUUGAGAAUGAAAGAAGUAUGCGAGAGAAGAUGGAAUAUGCAAAGGAGCAUAAUAUCGGAGGCAUUGUAGUAUGGGUCAUUGAUCAGGACGAUGAUAAGAGUACCUUGCUCAAUGUGGUGUAUUCUGUGUUUAUGGGCACAUUAAGCUGCGAUGACAAUAAAGAAAUUGACAACGUUACUUCUACAGAACUUCCAAUUGCCAGUCUUUCUGAACUAAGGGAAUACAGAACUUCAGAUGAGAAGUCAAUGGCGAAAUGGGAUAACGUCUCGAAAACUCCAUAUAUCUGGCAUGAUCGCAAGUUCUUGGCAUUUGAAAACGAAAAAAGUAUGAGAGAGAAAAUGAAAUAUGCAGAGGAUCAUAAUAUCGGAGGUAUUUUGAUUUGGGGUUUCGAUGAAGACGAUGACAAGCCCAUAUUGCUCAAUGUGGUGUCUUCUGUGGACCUAUGUACAGAAAGUUCGUUGCUGACAUAUAAUUGUGUCAUUGUUUUUCAUUCAUGGUUCCCACCAUGUCUCCAGUCACAAUAUUGA